GAAAACGAAACCGUAUCAUUCAAGAAGGCGCAACAGAUAAAUGAAAAUGGCUACAAAGUAUGUAAAAGAAGAUGGUCCCCUUACAGAUGUGCAUAAGCGCACUUUGCAAAAAUGUCAGUAUGAUAUAGUUCCAAACCUGGAAGUUAGAGACAUCAUUGCUGUUUGUCAUCGAGAUGAGAUUUUAACAAGUUCAAUGAUUGAAGAAGUUGAGGCAAAGGAGACAGGUUCUGGGAGAUGUAGAGCCUUUCUACAAAAACUAGAAGCACCUUCUAUAAAAGCAUUUAAUUCCUUUGUUGAUGCAUUGAAGGAACACUAUGACUUUCUGGCAACAAUGAUUAAAAUGCGACUAAGUGAAGAAGCUCUUGUUCAAGCAAGUAUUAAUCUGGACCUGGCGUAUGAUAUUGCUCCUAUUGACAUAGAAACACUAGUACCUGAGGAAUUUGAGCAUACCAGAGCUAUAUUGAAGAAGAUAGGGGUCAUGACAAAACACCUUAUGGUCAGAUACAAUGUUGAAAGUGAAGCAAUCAAUGAAGAUAAAGAAGAUUUAAAUUUGACAAAGAUAACCGAAGGCCUCAAAAUCAAUACAAAAUCUCAGGCAAACCAGAUGCCACCGCCAAGUAUACAUCAGAUUCAAUUCUCGCCAGACCGAGAAGGUGGUGCAUCAGCAUCUAUGGAUAUGACAUUGUUGUUAGGAGCUCCUAAACAAUGGAUCGAAAGGUUCCCUGUGUCAUCUUCUCAAAUAAUAUCAUCAGUCAAUAGGAGCAUCCUAGAUGUCCCAAGAAUCAGGGAGAAGUCUACAAAUAGAUCAGCUCUCCCUUACAUUAGAUCUAUAGCAGAAUUAUCAAAUGGUGAACAUGUUACUUGUGGGACAGAUGCUGGAUAUAGUCAUAAAGCCUUGCUGUAUGAUGAUCAAUGGAAUGCAGAACAGAUACUGGUGGCAGAUAAAGCAAUGUGUGUUGCACCUAAUGCAGAUAUUGUGACUGCAUCAUGUCAAACUUCUGGAAGAGUGAUGUUGUUUGACAUCAAAGGAGUAAAUACUAGAGACAAAAUAAAUAAAACAUUACCAACAAUAGCUGAUCCUGUAGCAAUAGCAUUCAAUCAACAGCAAGAGCUUGUCAUUGCAAAUGGUGAUAAGAAAACAAUAUCGCAUGUUAAUAUCACUACAGGAAAAGUAGUAGAUACAACUCCUUGUGGAAUGUUUAAAUUAUCAUACAGCAUUGCUGUAACCAACCAGAACAAUAUCCUAAUUGCAGACUGGGGAGAUGAAUCAGUGAAAACCAUCAAUAGGCAGGGGGACUUACUAGCCUGCUAUAAAGGGGAUGGUGACUAUACUCUUAAAAGCCCUAGAAGUGUGUGUGUAGACAGUGCUGGAAAUAUCAUCAUAGCUGACUAUGGAAAACACCACAUUCAGCUUCUCUCCCCUGAAGGCAACUUCAAGAAAAUCUUAAUGAACCAAAGUGAUGGAUUAGAGAACCCAACUGCAGUAGCUAUCAAUAGACAGGGGGACAUUUUAAUUGGUACACUAUCCAGGCUACAUGAAGUGACAUAUAUGGCCUAAAUUGUAUACUAUGGCUUGAUGAGUAUAACUACUACCAAGUGCUUAACAAUCACUGUCAUUAUUCCACCACUGUUGUCAGUAUUCCACAUAAAAGCGAUGUAAGUUUCAAUGUCCCUAUUCAAUUCCAUUUCAUUUGAUUUACCCCAAUAGGAGGCACUUUAGCCGGGAUAAUAACAAAGGGAUUUUUCUAGAUAUGCAGGGUUUAUCCCAAGGGAAUAACUGUAUACAAAACUGACCAUACAUGUACAUAACAGAUGUUCUAUCUUCCAUGGUUUCAAAAGGACAAGUCUCGGUUUAGAGAACAGUCUC